UGGGGCCGCCGCCGCCGCCGCCGCCUGAACGUGCCGCGGCUGCGCUGACGCGCGAGCGCCGGGCAGGGCGGCGAGCGCGCUCAGUCUGGUGGCGGCGGCGGCCGUGCGCGGACCGACGUUGCCGGAGCGCCGCAGCCGCCCGCUCCGCCCGCAGACGAGCCGAGCCGCGCCGCGCUGCGCUGCCCCGGCGGCGCCCGCUCGCCCGCCCGCCAUGGUGUCAUGGAUCAUCUCCAGGCUGGUGGUGCUUAUAUUUGGCACCCUUUACCCUGCAUAUUAUUCCUACAAGGCUGUGAAAUCGAAGGACAUUAAAGAAUAUGUCAAAUGGAUGAUGUACUGGAUUAUAUUUGCACUUUUUACCACAGCAGAGACAUUCACCGACAUCUUCCUUUGUUGGUUUCCAUUCUAUUAUGAACUAAAAAUAGCCUUUGUAGCCUGGCUGCUGUCUCCCUACACAAAAGGCUCCAGCCUCCUAUACAGGAAGUUUGUACAUCCCACGCUGUCUUCAAAAGAAAAGGAAAUUGAUGAUUGCCUGGUCCAAGCAAAAGACCGAAGUUACGAUGCCCUUGUGCACUUUGGGAAGCGGGGCUUGAAUGUGGCGGCCACAGCGGCAGUGAUGGCUGCUUCCAAGGUGGCUCGACUCUUUCAUUUUGUCUCCUCUUUGGACCUCAGAGAAGGGCAGGUAACCCCGUUGAGAGGUGUGACUAACUCCAAACAGAUCCAGUCGGGUGGAGAGGCCAGCAGCCCCCUCCACCCACCAGCCCAUUGUCUGGAUCCGAGCCAGGGGCAGGGUGCCUUAUCAGAGAGACUUCGCAGCUUCAGCAUGCAGGACCUCACCACCAUCAGGGGUGACGGUGCCCCUGCUCCCUCCAGCCCGCCCACACCGGGGUCCGGGCGAGCCCCCGGCAAACACGGCCAGCCCAAGAUGUCCAGGAGUGCUUCUGAGAGUGCUAGCAGCUCAGUGUGUACCUGCUGCUCCACCUGCAGGACCCGGAAAGUGGUUGAGGGAGAUGUGAAUGAGGGUGGUGUGAAGGCUUGGGACCCCCACCAGGUCCAAAACCCACUGGCAUUUUCGGACGAGGAGGAGGAAGAUCUGCUGGAUUUCAUGUACAAGUAUAAGGCUCUUCGAAAGACGGAAAUCCCCUUGGAGGCACCGCCUAGAGUUCUUCGAUCCCGCUUUAGGAAGAAAAGUACCUCAUCCUCAGCCACUGAAACCACAGAAUGUCUCCAAUGUGCUUCUGAAGCUUCUAAACACAACUCCAGUAGAACAUCCCUUUUCCAGCAGGACGACGGUCCAUCUUCUUCAGACAGAUGUUUAGCCAAAACGCCAGAGAUGCUUAGCAUGAAGAGACAAUAUUGUAAUGACAGAGAUGAGUGCAAUGAGGCCAGGGGAGCAGCCCAGAAUAAGAGAAAUCACAAGACGCUUGUCUCCCCCUGGAUUCUGGAUUAAGAGCUUCUGAAUCAUUUCAAGGGAUUUACCAAAGCUUUAGGCAGGUGGCUCACCCUUGGUGAAACUUCCUGGGGAUGUGAACUCACAGGCCUGUUGAGGGGAAUCAUUUUGAGUGUUCCAAAAGUGCUGGAAGAAUGACUGUUUAUCCUUCAUCGUGACCGGUUCUGUGACUCAUUUCCCCAGGUAGAGGAGCCUGUAAUCUGAACAUCUUGUUUAAGAGAACACUAAACAAAAGCCAACCAGUCAACCCAACCCAAACCAAACCAAACCUAAAGCUAUGUUUCAGAUAUGCCAUCAAAUACACCUGAGACACCUGUCAAAAUGCUGGGUUCUAGAAAGGUUUCAGAGCUUGAGAUCUUUACGGACUGACUUGCUGCUCAGCGCCCUGGGCGGCACCCUUCUGUUCCCUUCCUGGCUUGUGCAGAAUGUGAGUGAGAGAAGUCGCGCACUCAUGGGCACUCCGUGUCUUACUGGAUGUCUUAUGCAGGCCAGGAUCGCUUAGUAGAGCACUGCUGAGGGGACUCUCUACUUAGACAGAACUUUAUCUGAAAAGAAGAAUCUGGUUUAGGUAGCAUUUUGGCCCAAGGUAGCUCCUCCCCUCUGGGAGAGCUGAGCCUAAACGUAGGACUUGUAUAUUUGUGCUUAGAGUUGGUGUUUUCUUUCAGUGUAAUGCAUGCAGUGGUCACAACGCAGUCACUUAUAAUACUUGGAUUGUGUUUGUUCAUGGAUAUGCUCUGAAGACUAGAGAAUUAGUGUAAUGUACCACAUAGAACUUAUUGUCAACCAGCUAUAAGCAGACCUGGUUCAAGACUGUUGAGUUACUGAGCUCGGCGAACACACGUCAGUAGUUUUGGCUGAUGACACACUGGCUGGAUCUUAGCCACCUGAGAAACAGUUUUACCUGAAGUUGGUUGUUGCCAGAUAUGCAUAUUUAAAUCCCUUCUUCCCACAAUGUCCCUGAAGGUUACUCUGUAAUUUACAACAGGAUUUAGGAAAACAAACUUAUAAGCAAAUUCCUGGUUCAGAGGGCUUUUCAUUGUCUGUGCCCCACACCCACCAAUACCUAAACCCCUUAGGGAAGACAGAACAUCUGUUUCUUCAGGCUCACUGAAUAGUUUCAGAAGAAAAAUAUAUAUGCUUUAAAUGUAUUUACCUGUUAGUUGGGAGUACCCAGAAUUAUCAGAAACAGCUUCACUUAAGCAGCUUUUUAGCAAAAAGAAAAAAAAUUUUUUUUUGCCAAAACAAUAAAUGCCUUUAGCAGCAGAGAUCCUUCGUGAACAAACUGUAUUUUCACCAUUUUACAAUGUAAAGUUUUAACAAGGACAAGCUACCAAGUUUGCACUCAACUAUGCCAAAAACAAGUUUGAAGCACUCUACUCUCAGACACGCUGUAUUACUUCUCAUUCAAGAUUUAGAAAAUAGAAAGGUAUCCAAACUGCUGUCUUAAUGUAAAUGGAACUAUUUUUCCUUCAACUGUUGAUGAGGGAGUUGGUUUCUCUCUUAAAAACACUCACUGUACAAAUGAGAGCCGCUGUCCUAUUUCUGGCAAAAUGUGUUUACUCCCCCAACGAGCUGCAUAUUCGUGUAUGGACUGACAGGAAAUGUGAAUGCCUCCGAGUGUACAUGUAGUGGUGUGCUGCUCUGUCUAGAGGGCAUAACUGAACACCUUUAAUUUGCUGAUUUACAGACACAGGCCGUUUACAAAAUGCUAGCUCCAAAGUCUGUAAUUUUCACGUAAUAACUUUCAGUUCUUUGCCAUUGGGCACCUGUUCUGUUUCUGAAGAGGUGAGACGGGGCGGUGUACUUAGACCCCGGAGAGCUUUGUCAUAAUCCCUCCUGGCUUUGUGUGAUUAGCUUGCUCACUCCACUGUGUAGAGUGUAGAAGUGUAUGUUCUCUCCAGUAAACUGUCUGUGUGUUUGUGGUAACAGUGCUCAUCCACCAUGAUCACAGAGGAGUAUCUCCCUAGUCCUCCCCUUGCACAGUGUUUGACCUGCAAAGGACGUGCUUCAUUCUCCAACGGUGCACGCUCAGAGAGCUGACCUUCCGGAUGGUCCCUGUGCAUUUUCCCUAGUUUACUCCUGUAGUCCCUGUAGAAUGAUCUGUAAUAAAAUAGUAUACUGGACUGUGCAUCAAAGGGGUGUAAAAUUACAGUAUUCCAAAGGUUGAAGUUCUGCUGUUUUGUUAUAAUGCCUGAUCUAUAUCUUGAAUAAAGUCUUAACAUUUUUCUUUUAAAAAACA